ACGGGCGGCCGUGCGACCCCGGGGUUAACAGCCGAGGGCUGGGCGCCCUCGCUCCUCGCCCUCCUCGGCCUGCGGACACGUUGUGCUGGCUCAGAGUGGGUGGCCGUGCGAUGUUCUGUUUGCAGCUCCCUUGCGCGCUGCGGGGAGGAGAGCGGGCAUGGGGGUUCGGGCUCCGCGAGGAGGGAUUUCCUGCAAGUGGGACUCGCAUGCACCUUGAGGCACGUGGAGAUGGGCCCCGGAUACCAUGUGCUGUUUCUCGGGAGCUAUGGGAGGUGUCCCGUGGUCUCCCUGCCACGCUGGGUGCCCGGCACUUCCCUCGGUCGGGAGGCAGCAGUCCCCUGCUCCAGCUGGCUGUCACCAUACGAGCGGCCAGCAGCGCAGAGCUCAGCGCCGUGCGUGCUGCUCUGCCUGGGCUGCGGUGGCAACUUUACACCAGGGUCGCAGUCUUUGUGUCCUGGUGUGGUGGCCCCAGCUCUCCAUCUGCUUCUUUAGUUCUGCUGAUAAGGUCAGGAAUGACCAGGCAAUGAUAUCUCAGCCCUACUCACGGUUUGCUGGGCAGUGUCUGAAGCCACUGUUACAUCUCGAAGAAAAGGAAUUUCUUAGUAAUAGCACAGGGCUAGGCUUGCCAUAAAGCUUGGGGAAGUCCGUGCUUUUUCUGGAGCAAGUGCGGAGCCCGGCUCCAAGGCAGAGCUGUUCAUGCUUCCCCAGGCUCCUUUCCCUGUUCUGCUCCCACGAUGAGUCAGUGUGGGCUGGUGACACGGGCAGGAGGACCCCCUUUCCCUUUCGGCCGAGAAGCUGGGAGGCUGGGCGAGCUGGGACACCAGGUGGCACGUACCCGAGCAGACACAGGCCCCCUUGUUUGAUGACCUGAAUUCUCGAGAGCCCUGUGAUGAGCAGGGUCAUCCUUUCUGCAUGAAUUCCUGGCUUAAAAGAUGAGUCUCCAGCAGUGGCGGGACAGCUUCCCUGCCUUCUCACACAAACACUCUUUGUCUGCAGUCUGCCUGGGUGACAAAGGGAAAUAUCCACUGAUGGGGCAGGGAUGGUCUCGAGGUCCACCAGGAGCUCACCACCUGCCUGAGAUAUGGGUCACAUCUGAGGUCGGGGCUGCACUGGCAGCUCUGGCUGUCUGCCCAGAGAGCUGUGGAGGUGUCCAUGCAGAGACAUCACAGCUCCACUAUUUUAGGUCCAGGGUUUUCUCAUAGCUAUGUCUGGCCCAGUCAUUAACCAAAACGUUGCUUCAUGGAAGCCUCCAGCUCCCCUCCUCACCACCAUCUCCUUUGACCCCAAGGCACCGUAUUCCUUUCCCACUUGUCUCCUGCUGACCCAUGGCUGCUUGCUGCUUUGAGCAAUUCUUAUGUUUCACCCUGUGGAAACCCAAGUUUUGCCACUCCUGUAGCUGAGCUGUUUUGCACUACGUGAAUGGGCCUACGCGCAGCUUUGCUGCAGCCAUCUGGCCCUAUGUGGGAGGCUGCAGUUCCUGCAGUAAUAUUCAUAGCCCAACCAUAGUGCAACCAGAAUGUGUCCAGCUCCUAAAUGGCUUCUGUGUCUGGGAGGUGGCAGAGGUGUUCAGGCUGCCCAGUGCUACAGGGUUCAGAGUUGAAUCAAUCUGAUUUUAGCCCCUGAUUUUCAGGGUUGGUGGCAAAACUACCUCUCCUCCAGUUCCUGCCCUGGUCUCCGCUGUGGGCCCUCAGUGCCCCUCAGCAGGGUUAGCUUUCCAGGUGUGUGUAAGGAGGCUGCUUUUGUGGCUGUCUGACUUUUAAAAAUCCAGACUAGAAGGCAGCUUGAGGCAUUAUCCCAGGCUGCACUCGAGCUUUCCCUUGACAUCCUACAAUGCUAAUGCCUUGUUACUCCUGUGUCAUCUCUGCAGACACUGAACGGGCAGUGGAAAUUCUGACCAGAUACCAAAGCACCCUGCGGUCCCCGGAGGAGCAGGAGUUAAAAGCUUCCAUUGGAAAAGUCUCGCACAUCUUCCAAAGUGAACUCUUCCAGGCUCUGCUGGAUAUCCAUGAAUUCUACGAUUUCACGCUGCGCUCUGCACCCGUGCAGUCUCCGAGCCUGGAUGCACAUCAUGGCACAGCCAGGCAGCGGCUUGGGACCAGCGAGCCCAGCUCCACAGUCACACCCAGAGAACCCCAAAACCUGCCUGAGGACUGCUCCUGGGAGCGUGAGCAGAGGCUCGCCACGGGAGCUGGGGACAGCGCUCCGGGGACACCGCCACGGCUGGUGAGGGUGACAGCACGGCGGACAGAGGCACCGGCCAGUGUCUGCAGCCUGGUGCUCGGCUGUCACAGCACCCUGCCCCAGGCCAACCCCGCUCCCAUUAUCGUGAAUACAGACUCGCUGGAACAAGGGCUCUCUAUGAAUGGCAGUGAUGGGAUGUUCAAAUAUGAAGAGAUCGUCUUGGAAAGGGGUAACUCCGGCCUCGGCUUCAGCAUAGCGGGCGGCAUCGACAACCCCCAUGUUCCAGAUGACCCAGGUAUCUUCAUCACCAAGAUCAUCCCCGGGGGAGCAGCAGCCAUGGAUGGCCGUUUAGGGGUGAACGACUGCGUGCUGCGGGUGAACGACGUGGACGUCUCUGAGGUUGUGCACAGCAAAGCUGUGGAGGCCCUGAAGGAAGCAGGCCCCGUGGUGCGGCUUGUGGUGCGCCGCCGGCAGCCCCCACCAGAGACCAUCAUGGAGGUUAACCUGAUGAAGGGCCCCAAAGGCCUGGGGUUCAGCAUUGCAGGGGGCAUCGGGAACCAGCACAUCCCUGGGGACAACAGCAUCUACAUCACCAAGAUCAUCGAGGGAGGUGCUGCCCAAAAGGACGGGCGCCUGCAGAUCGGGGACCGGCUGCUUGCGGUGAAUAACACAAACCUGCAGGACGUGCGGCACGAGGAGGCAGUGGCCGCCCUGAAGAACACCUCUGACAUGGUGUACCUGAAAGUGGCCAAGCCCGGCAACAUCCACCUCAACGACAUGUACGCGCCCCCCGACUAUGCCAGCACCUUCUCAGCCUUGGCUGACAACCACAUAAGCCAUAACUCCAGUCUGGGCUACCUGGGCAGCGUUGAGAACAAGCCUGCCUAUCCCAUCCCUCCCCAGGUGACUCCAUCCCGGUACUCACCCAUCCCUCGGCACAUGAUCGGAGAUGAUGACUUCACCAGGGAGCCCCGGAAAAUCAUCCUGCACAAAGGCUCUACCGGCCUGGGCUUCAACAUUGUUGGAGGGGAAGACGGUGAGGGGAUCUUUGUGUCCUUCAUCCUGGCUGGAGGCCCUGCUGACCUCAGUGGAGAGCUGCGGAGGGGAGACCGUAUCCUUUCGGUGAACGGCGUGAACCUUCGCAACGCCACCCACGAGCAGGCGGCGGCGGCGCUGAAGCGGGCGGGGCAGACGGUGACCAUCAUCGCGCAGUACCGGCCCGAAGAGUACAGCCGCUUUGAGUCCAAGAUCCACGACCUGCGGGAGCAGAUGAUGAACAGCAGCAUGAGCUCUGGCUCCGGCUCGCUCCGGACAAGCGAGAAGAGAUCGCUCUAUGUCCGAGCCCUGUUUGACUAUGACCGGACCCGGGACAGUUGCUUGCCCAGCCAGGGGCUCAGCUUCUCCUACGGGGAUAUCCUGCACGUCAUCAAUGCCUCUGAUGACGAGUGGUGGCAAGCCAGGCUCGUCACACCCCACGGCGAGAGCGAGCAGAUUGGGGUCAUCCCCAGCAAGAAGAGGGUGGAAAAGAAGGAGAGAGCACGGUUGAAAACAGUGAAGUUCCACGCCAGGACUGGCAUGAUUGAGUCUAACAGGUCGAUCAAAACGAAACGUAAAAAGAGUUUUCGCCUCUCUCGAAAGUUUCCAUUUUACAAGAGCAAAGAGAACCUGGCCCAGGAGAGCAGCGGACAGGAACAGGGCGUGACAUCAAACACCAGUGACAGCGAGAGCAGUUCCAAAGGACAAGAGGACACCAUCCUGUCGUACGAGCCAGUGACACGGCAAGAAAUUCACUACGCGAGGCCAGUGAUCAUCCUGGGGCCAACAAAGGACCGAAUUAACGAUGACCUCAUCUCUGAAUUCCCACACAAGUUUGGUUCCUGCGUGCCCCACACCACCAGGCCUCGGCGCGAGAACGAGGUGGACGGACAGGACUAUCACUUUGUCGUGUCCCGGGAGCAGAUGGAGAAAGACAUCCAGGACAACAAGUUCAUAGAGGCUGGGCAGUUCAAUGACAAUCUCUAUGGGACCAGCAUCCAGUCAGUGCGAGCGGUGGCAGAGAGGGGGAAGCACUGCAUCCUGGAUGUGUCUGGCAAUGCUAUCAAGAGGUUGCGACAAGCACAACUUUAUCCCAUUGCCAUUUUCAUCAAACCAAAAUCCAUUGAAGCCCUCAUGGAGAUGAACCGGAGACAGACGUAUGAACAGGCCAACAAGGUCUUUGACAAAGCCAUGAAACUUGAGCAAGAGUUCGGAGAAUAUUUUACAGCCAUUGUACAAGGAGACUCUCUUGAAGAAAUCUACAGCAAAAUCAAACAGAUCAUUGAGGACCAGUCCGGGCACUACAUCUGGGUCCCAUCCCCAGAGAAACUCUGAAGCUGUCUCCCACCUGCUUCGCUGUGAGCAGAUCUCUGAAGUCCCACUCAUCCAAGCCCUCUGCCCCAGAGGGGGAGGGAUAUGAAAACUAUUCCUGCUCCCUUUUUUAGAUCGUCGCAAAAUUGAGUUUUCUAGUCCUGUUUCUUUUGUUGGGAUGAACUCAUAUCAUUCAUCACGUGACUGUUCCCACCAUUCCUGCAUGGACCUUCCCACUGCUCCAUUAGAGACAGAUGAGAACCCAUUCAAGGUCGUUUUUUUAUUAUUAUUCUUAUUAUUAUAUUAUUAUUAUUAUUAUUAUUAUUAACUAAACAAAGAAUCAAGAUGGGAGGAGGCGGCUAAGGACUAAUGUAAGAAAACAAGUGAAAAAUGGACUCCAAACACAUGAGCUGGUAUCAGAGCUCCAGGGGCAUUUUUCCAAGUGUGACCGUCUAGCAGCUCUGAACAGUGCGACAGAUGAGCAGCAGAAAGCAUUUUAUUUAUCUGUAUAUGUAAUUUAUAUAUAAUAUAGAGGAGAGAUAUUAUAUAUAUAUUAUAUAUAUAUAUAUAUAUAUGUAUGUGGACUAGGAAUUCUGAGGGACCUCUCUGAAAAGGUAUUGUAUUAUUGCAAGGUUCUUUCAGUUCCUCUGCCCCAACCACUCACCGUAGGAAGUCCACUUGGGCAGGAAGAGCUCAAAACGGUACCAGGUGCUUUGGAAACCUCCUGUCCAGGCCAGUUCCCUGCAGCCACCCUGGGUCUGAGACAGGGCAGAGACUGGUACUGCCUGUGCAGGAGGGACCAGAGCAAGGAGCAGCAGCUGGCCUGAGAGAGGCUGGGAGACAGAGACUGAGCAGGAGGCUGCGGAGCAAGAGAAUGGAUGAUACUACAUAUUAAAUUGCACAUUGUUUUACACACCAUCUUAUGUGUUUGCAUGAGAGGUUUCCUUUUGGUUCUAUUUUUUUAAGCUGAUUUUAAACCAAAACCAUAUUGUGUUGUUGUGUUGGCUUUUUUAAUUAUUAUUAUUAUUAUUAUUAUUAUUAUAAUUAUUAUUAUUCAAUUUUCUCUUGUUAAUGAUGAACUGAAUGGGUAUAAAAUCCAGUUUUUUAACUUA